AUGUAUCUGAAGAGCCAGUUCCUCAAACUGGUGAGCAGGUGCCCAGUACGAGUGCUGGGUACCUCCAACAGUUCCUCCACCAGUACCUCCAACAGUUCCUCCACCAGUACCUCCAACAGUUCCUCCAACUGUACCUCCAACAGUUCCUCCAACAGUACCCCCAACAGUACCUCCAACAGUUCCUCCAACAGUACCCCCAACAGUACCUCCAACAGUUCCUCCACCAGUACCUCCAACAGUUCCUCCAACAGUACCUCCAACAGUUCCUCCAACAGUACCCCCAACAUACCCCUACAGUACCCCCAACAGUACCUCCUCCAGUACCACCGACAGUACCCCCAACAGAACCUCCAACAGUACCCCAACAGUACCCUCAACAGUACCUCCAACAGUACCCCCACCAGUACCCUCAACAGUACCUCCAACAGUACCCUCACCAGUACCCUCAACAGUACCUCCUCCAGUACCCCCAACAGUACCUCCUCCAGUGCCCCCAACAGUACCCCCACCAGUACCCCCAACAGUACCCCCAACAGUACCUCCAACAGUACCCCCACCAGUACCUCCUCCAGUACCCCCAACAAUCCUCGAAAGUUCUGA